GUCGCAUCUGAACCAUCUGGAGAUGACGACACUCCUGUCGCAUCUGAACCAUCUGGAGAUGACGACACUCCUGUCGCAUCUGAACCAUCUGGAGAUGAUUCCGAUAGUGAUUAUGAAGCCGAAUCUGAUCCAGAAGGUAGUAGCAGUGAUGAGGCUGAUUUCAUUCCAUUUCGGUUUGUACGUGGACGUCAAAGUAACUCUGUGGCAGUUUCUGUCAGUGAUAAUAAGGAGAGUGAAGCCAUGCCUGUUGACCAUUCAGUACCUAAUACCUCACCUGCCCAUGCCUCUGCAAGUGUUCAAAGUGCAAAAGUCUCAAGCUCCAGUUGCAGUAUUAAUGUGAUGACCACUUCAAACAACAACUGUAGAAAGUGGGACAAACCUCAGUACUGUAAAUUUUGUAGUCAACCACAAAAGAAACUGCCGAGGCAUCUGCUUACACCACAACAUGUCAACGAGACUGAGGUUCAGCAAUGGAUUGCAACUAAAGACAUGAAAGAAAAGGCAAACUUGCUAGCUAAAAUGAGAAAUUACGGAAACUAUCGUCACAAUGUCAAAGUCCUUCAAGAAAAUAAAGGUACCUUGAUUGUUGCAUACAGACCGAAAUAUGAUGUGGAUCCAGAAGAAUAUUUGCCAUGUAGUCAUUGUUAUGCUUUCUAUUCCAAGGAUGAUUUGUACAGGCAUGUUCAUAGAUGUAAAUUGCGACCAGAUGUUGAGGAUGAGGAUGAGACCUGUGAACCACCCAAGAAGAAAAAAAGAACCUUACAUGUUCAAACUGGUAGAAUGAUGCUUCCAGGCCCAUCAGGAGUAAGCCCAAAGGUGCACAUGAUAUUAUCAAUGGGAGUCGAUGAUGAUAUAUUGAGAGUUGUGAAAUCAGAUAGAUUAAUGCAGCAAGUAGCAGAGAGGCUGACAUUGAAGCAUGGGCAUGACAAAGACCAGUAUUCAUAUAUACGGCAAAAAUUGCGUGAACUUGCACGACUGGUUCGUGAGUACAGAAAAUUGAAUGAUCACCCAUCGGCUUCAUUGGUAGAUUUGAUUUGUCCUACCAAAUUUAAUGAGGUCAUAGCUGCAACUAGGAAGGCUGCAGGAUUUAAUGAGGAUACACAUUUGUACACAACACCUAGCCUGGCACUGAAAGUCGGAUAUACACUGGUGACGGCUGCCAAAGUCCUUAUGGGAAAUGCUCUGUUGCAAGCAGAUGCUGGUUUGGAAAAGAAAUGCAAACAGUUCAUCAAAUCAUAUACUCUCAAGUGGGAAGCAGAAGUAAGCACACAUGCACUGCGUACAUUAAAAGUAAACAAGAGAAAUACAUCAAGGCUGCUUCCUUUGACAACAGAUGUUGUUGCACUGUCCAAUUAUGUGAGAAAAGAAACAAAAGAGGGAAAACAGAAGCUGAACAGCUGCAGUAGUGAUGAGACCCUUGACAGAUGGAAACAGUUGGCUGAGGUUACCCUGACCCAGGUGUGUGUUUUCAACAGGAAGCGUCCGGGAGAAGUUUCAAAGAUGCCCCUCAGUGAUUACAAGUGUAUCACAAAAGGAGAAGGUGGAAUAUUUGGUGAAGGCCUAACCAAAUGGGAAAAGGCGUUGUGCAAUGUGGUAUGGAGGGUGGAGAUUAAUGGGAAAUGCAAUAACACUGUACCCGUUUUGCUAACAGAUGACAUGAAAGGCAGCAUUGACUUGUUGAUGGAGAAAAGGUCACAAGUAGUCAAUGAUGGAAAUCCCUACUUGUUUGCAAACCCCGAUGGAAGAGGCCACUUGAGAGCAACUGAUACAGUGCGAAAUCAUGCCCAAAAGUGUGGAGCAAAGUAUCCAGAUCAGCUUAGAUUGACAAAACUCAGGAAGCACAUUGCUAUCAGCUCUCAGAUCAUGAAUUUGAAGGAUAAUGAAGUGGACAUUUUAGCCACCUUCAUGGGCCAUGACAUAAGAACCCACAGAGCCUACUACCGCCUGCCAGAUGCGUCACUGCAAGUAGCAAAGAUUUCUAAAGUACUCUUCAGCAUGGAGAAGGGAGACCUAAAGGCAAUGGCAGGAAAGACGUUGGAUGAUGUUCGUGUAGAUGCAGAUGAAGAAUGCAACAUAGAUCCAGAUGUUGAUGAUGAUCCUGACAACGAAGUGAACAGGCCCGAUGAUGCUGUUUUGAUGGAUGAGAUGUCAGACAAAGAAAAUGAAGGUAUGAGCAUGCCGCAGCAAAGCAGAAAGAAGAGUGACCAAGUUGCAAACAAGGAAAGUGACCGUGGUGCCAGCAGAAAGAAAAGGAGUAUCAGACAAUCUUGGACAGCUGAAGAAAAACAAGCAAUACACAGACACUUUAAAGAAGAACUACGCUCACGCCAACUGCCCGGUAAAGAAAAAAUAAUGAAGUACUGCAAGAUGGAUGCAGACCUGAAGGGUCGUACUAAAAGGUGGACAACAGUCAAAGAUUUCAUUAGAAACCAAAUUAGAAAGACAAAUCCACUGGAUUUUUAGUGAAUUUUCAACCUGUUAUGAGUGAAAUUAAUCAUGUUCAUCACACUCCGCAAUUUUGGAUGAAAUCUUUUCAGGUACUGACAUGCGUAAAAUGUGGUUGCUUCUUAUUCAUAUAACCCACUUACUGGUUUCCUUGAUGAAGGGCUGUGCUUUGGAAGAGGUGCACCUUUAUAUAGGUUAACAGUUAACUCCAUGGCCAGGAAGCAUACUGUGUGUAAAGCAGUGUAUGGUUCUGCAAGUCAAAUGGGAACUUAAUAGGAAAAACUUAAUUACCUGCCCAGUUGGUCAGGGCCAGGGAGUAGACUUGUGUCUAACAGUAUGUAUACUGUAUAGAAGAUUGUAAGGCAAAUGGGAACUUUUGUGCUAAAGUUGUUUGAUAAGCCCCAGUUUGCCAGGUUAACGUUUUGCAGUUUAAAUGAUGACUUACAGGUCAAUUUUAUCAGCUCCCAUAUCACCAGAUGGUCAACGUCAGUGAGCAUCACAUGUGUAACAAUGUGCAUAAAGGUUUACAGGUCAAACUCCAACUUUGCUCACUUCCCCUAGAUUAGGUUCAUGGUUGAUAGGACUCGUGAUAGGACUAGAUGUAUAAUGUUUUCCAUAUCAACUGGGAAUUAAGAGCCAACUGUGAUCAGGUCCUCAGUUGGCUUAGACCAUGACAAGGAAGCAUCCACAUGUGUACACUAUGUAAAAUAAAGUUUGCAGGUCAAAUAGGGACUUUAGGCCAACUUUGCUUGGCUCCCCAGUUAAAUAGGCCAGUAUGUAAUGUUUUGCAAUCAACUAGUGACUUAUGGGCAAUUUUGAUCAGGUCCUCAGUUGGCUUGGGUCCGAUUACCAGGAAGCAUCCGCAUGUGUACAUUGUGUGAAAGUUAAGUUUGUAGGUCAAAUGGGCACUUUUGGUCAACUUUACUUGGCUCACCAGUUGAUCAGGGCCAUGAUGACUCGUCAAAGGACCGCUAUGUAUAAUGUUUGGAUUUAAGAGCCAACUGUGAUGAUCGAGGUCCUCAGUUGGCUAGUUCCAGCUGAUGAGGAAGCAUCCACAUUGUGUAAACUAAAGUUUGCACGUCAAAUGGGGACUUAUGGCUAACUUGACUCGUCAAAGGCCCGCUACUUGCAAAAUUUAGAUUUUUAAGUACAUUGCAGAUCAAAUGGGACAUAGCUACCACCUUUGAUCCUCAAUUAGUCAAGGCCAGGUGAAGUCCCAUGAAAUUGAAAAUUGUGUAAAAAGUAACAUGUCUAAUUUUGAUUUAUGAGACAACUUGGUUAGCAGUUGGGUUUUGACUGUUGGUCAAUUACCAUGGACCUUUGGCCUUUAUUAGACUUUAUAAAUAUCUCACCACUCUUGUCCAAUUUCAUCUAAGUUUGGACCCUUUUUUUCAAAAAAAUCAUCAAAAAGUAGACCAUUUGCCCCUUUUGUGAAAUUUAAUCAGGUCCUCGCACUCAGCUAUUGGGUAGGGCCAGAUAACCAUUAAAGCAUAAUCAUGUGUUCAAUGUGUUUCUAUUAAGUUAUGUCUGCAGAUCAAAUGGGACUUUGUACCAUCUAUGAUCAGAUCCCCAGUUAGUCAAGGCCAAAUUGUGAAUAAAGUUUUACAGAUCAAAUGUGGACUCAAAGCUUGCCAGCUUCGAUAAUUUUCCAGUUGCAGUCAAUUAUCAGGGAGCAUUGACCAAUGUGUAACAGUUUGUAUAAAGAUUUGCAGGGUAAGUGGGGUAUAUUUCUGCGACAAACUAUGAUCAGCUUCUGAGCCAAGAACAUUGUUUAUUUAAGGAUGCACUCAGCAACAUGCUUUAUGCAGUAUAGUUCAUCUCGUAUGUAACUCAAAAACUAUUGAUGGGAAGUGUAUAAAGGUAUACAUUUUCUGGCUGAAAAUGACCUGUUAAAUCCAUUGAACACAUACAAUUUGGACAACAAUUUAUCAUUUUUUUUACCCAUUUUUUUCGACCACCAUAAAUAAAAUAUCCUUGCAACAAAAAAUUAUUUUCCUAGUGUCCAAAAUAUAACUCACAAUGUACCAAAAAUAUAAUAACCAAGUUUGAACUUAUGAGUUGUGGGCUAUAAAAAAAGUUCUAGGGCCUAAUUACAAAAAAACGUUACUAGAUUUUAGUAGGUACAAUGUAUUCUGUAUGAAAUCUUAAAUCAGAAAUGUUUUAUUUUUGAGUCCUGAGGGUUCAAAACUCAUAUAAACUAUUAAAAAUGAAAUGGCUGAAAUUAUGAUUUUAUGCAGAAACAUGGAUUUUCAGUUGCAUUUUCAAUCUCAUCUUGAAAACCCCAAGAUCCUGUGUCUCGAUCCUGACUUUGGUAUACGGUUGCCGACAAUAUGCUGCAUCCGAUGGUACAUUAGACAUUUUUUCCAAUUGAAUUUAUAUGGAUUUGAGAGUAAACGUCCACAUGGUCUCACCAUCUGUUUACAUUGCUUGCUGUUUCCAUGGGCGUUGUGUCACGUAGAUAGAUUGCGCGGAUAUUGCACAUCGUGUUGCAAUGUGACGGGACACGUAGCAUGCAUCGCAUAAACGGACACUGUCAUUUUGCGUUAAAAAAGGUUUCAUCUGUAGUUUUGUUAGAUUUUAAACCUGAAAAGGGUCCACAAAACAGUUUUUGAUGGUUCAAUGUUUAUAUUAGCAUCACAGAAUUUACUGACAUGAUGGAACAGAGUUUGAAGAUAGCAAUAAAAAAAAAAUCAUUUAAGGGUAUGGCAAACUUUGACGUUGCUGGGUGCAUCCUUAAGUUGUAGGUAAUUACAUGUUUUAAGAUGUUAAAAGUUGUGUAGAUCAAAUGGGGACUUUGCAGGCCAACCUUGAUUAUUACCUCCCGGCUGGUCGUCCUAGGAAUUGAAUAGCCCAUGUAUAAAGGUUUUCAGCUUAAACGGGGACAUAUGAUGCUCACUUGUGUUGACCCAGCUGGGGAGAUAAUAAGAGUUAGCCCCAAAGUCCCUUUGCAAACAUGAGAUGCUCCAUUGCAUUUCUCCAAUCUGUGAUCUGAUCAAACUUGUUAAGGUACUAUGCCCAUUCAAGUUUGAUAUCUCCUCAUUUGGCUGGGAUCAGAAGCAUCUUCGUUCCUGUACUGUGUAGAGUAGCAACUCAUUUACACAAAGUUGGUGGGGGUUUGGAUUUAGGUUUGUGUUAUCAGGAUAGAAUGAAAUUUACAAGAACACCUUGGAAAUUGAAUUCCUCUUUGUAUUAUUUGGAACUUUGUGUUAAGAAAAGGGUUUGCAAGAACGAGUUGCCACUGUAUGAGGUAAUUUGUUGGUCAAACAGCGACUUAUGGGUCAGCUUUGAUAAGCUACAGAGUUGGUCACCUCCAAUCUUGCAUAUACCAUUGAGUGUAUUCAAUUUUUCAUCCAGUGUUGUUUUGAACAGUUUUAUAGUUUUACAUACAUGUACACAAUCUAUAUAAAGUUCUGAAAUGGAUAGUGCAUGCAAGAGUGUUUUGUUCAUAUAUGAAAAUGUGACAUAUUACAAAUUUACCCUUGGUUCAGUUUGUUGUUAUGAAUUUCUGAUGUUUGUGUUUGUUUUUGUUUUUUGUAAAGAGUGAGUUAAAUGUCUUAACAAGACAUGUUCUCAUGCAAUGCAAUCAAUGCAAUCAAUUGUUAAUCUUUUCCUGUUAUGUGGAAAAAAAUGUGUAUGCUUUAAGUAAUGAAUACCCUUUGUUUCAUCACAACUUCUGUAGUGACAUCACCUGCAAAGAACACUUUUUCUGGGUUUGAAUUCCAAGCGUGAUGACCACCGCCAAUUAUAAGUGUGGGUUCUGCUUCUAAAGGAACAUUAAAAAAAUAGUUUUUAUUGAAUUGAAUCUUGUCUUCCUGAUGAUUUAUAAAAUAUUUUAGAUGGGAAUCUGUAGAUGAGUUAUACAACAAAUGAUAAAUGUUUUAUUCAUCGGAUAGAAUAUUUUCAUUUUAGUGGAAGAUUGGCCGUUCCGCCAGCUCCUGGUAUGGUGCAACUAAUCUUUCACCUCAUGAAAAUAUUCUUACCAGAGCACUCUCAAAUUAUAUGUAUAACAUUUUGUUAUUUGAUGUAGCUAGUAUGAGCAAUGUUGUAAUACAUUUGUUAGUUGUGUAUUAAAAUGUAACCACUAGCCUGUAUUAAACAGUAUAUCAUAUUAUAAUAGUUAGAUCAGGUAUAUACAGUUUACAAUUCACCGUUCAUAGUGUACAUGUUAAAAAAGUUGAUUGUUCAGUAUUAUUGCAGUUAAAUGCUGGUUGACCAAAAUUUGUGGAAUGGCUGGUAUUUCAGAAAAGGAGUUGAAACAGAAGGUCAGGUUUAUCAUUGAAGAAAUAUUAUUUGGGCAAAAGCUGUUUUAUAUCAAAUUCAUUCUAAAAAUAAAUCAUGUUUUGUAUUAUAGGUAUACCUACACUACAUUGUACAUUACUCUGUAUUUUACCAAAAUGUCUGUAGUGACAUCACAUGCUUUUCGUGCGUGCUUCAUGAUCGUUAAGAUAAGGUGAUUGAAUAGGCAUGGACAGGUUGAUACGCUUGGAACGCAAACUAGUUGACGUCACUACAAAUGUUUUGUGAAACAAAGGGUAUUGUCGUCGUAUUCAAAUUUGAAUUUAGAUUCUCUGUAGGGCCCACCAGUGGGAAUAGCCCAGCACCCAUAGACAGUCAAAAUGAAGAAUGAUGUGCAAAACUAUAAUGCUGGUUGAAGAGAUGAAUGAUCACUAUGUCUGGUUUGUCGUCUACGUCGGACUAUAACCCAACUCCAUGGACAAUGUGACCUAUUAUCUGACAUGAAAGUGAUAAUUUAAAAUGUCUAUAUGUAGUCCAUUUUCGAACAGUUUUGUUUGACUGUAUUUCUUUGCCCAAUACUUUUGUACAAAGAAGACAAGAUUAGCACAAAAGUGAUGUAUUGGUCAUGUUUUGAUGUUACUAUCCAUCCACUAAAAUGUAAUGUUUAUAUGUUCAUAACAUAUCACUUUGUAACCCGAGUUCUAUACAAAAAUGAAAUGGAUUAUGGAAUUCGGAAUCCUGGGUUCAGAACACAAAUAUGCUGAUACUUUCCACUUGCUUUUAUUAACAAAUGUAACUUUCAUUCUUUAAAUUAAGAUCUUGAUUAAAGAGACACGGGCAUAUUUGGGAAAUAUUUGUCCAACUCUGAUAUUUCUGUUGCGAUCUUAUUUUGAUGUACACAUCUUGACUGCCCAGCACGCCAUUCCAAAGUGGAUAUUUUCAAAGCAGAUACUAAUGCCCUCGCUGGGACUGAAGGUUUUUGUAGGGAUUUUAAAUAAAAUGUUAUUAUUCAGAUCCAUAUUCAUGCCGCCUUUAAAAGCAAAAUCACCACUUACGAUUUUUUUUUUUUUUAACAGCUUGAAGCGAAAUACAUUAGUUUUUAUCAUGUCAGAUUUCAAUUUUGUAACAUCUAAACAUGAAAAUUAAGGUUUUGCAAAAACGCUAUUCAGAAGCUUAGUACUCAAACUCUUUCUUGUGUAUACCAAAUUAUGAUAGAGGUAAAUAUUAAUGUUAUGUAGUUUGCUACUCCAAUUUCAAUAUUGCAACACCAUGAUUCACUUUUAUAUGGGAAUUUUUGUUUUUAAAGGUCACUGGGGGCUGAUUUCACUGCAAAAGAAGGCAUGAAUAUGGGUCUAAACAAUCCCCAAGUUGCGAGUAACUCCUCUCCUACCAUACCUGUAUAACAGCCCACCUAUGUGUUCGUUGUCCUCUGAACUGAGAUGUAUCAUGUUUUGUUGGAACCUUGUUUUAUAAGCCUUAUUUUUUCAAAGUUGUCUUUAAUAAUAAAAACAGUUUUGCUGUAUUUGAAAGGCA